AUGAAGGGCGUGGGACACAGCAGUGGCGGCGGCUUUCUUGUUGGGCCCAGGCAGGGGCAGCAAGAGCCGACGGACAUGUUUGUCGCCUGUUUUGAAGCUGCCUUGGACGAAGAAUUGCGGGGGCAGGAAAUCUCUAGCAGCUUCCGCGCCUGCUUUGAGAGAAUUAGCUCACCGUACGGCUUUGUACGAAACGAGGGUCUCCGUGACGCUCUGCAGCGGCUGCGUGACUUGUCCCUUGAGGCGGCGGAGGAGGCGGCACUGUCAUCAGAUAACGCGACUGGCACCGCCGCCGCUGGGAGAAGUGCGGGCCCCACACCGCAUCUUCCCUACGAUGCCAUACGUUCCUCCGUAAUGUCACGCGGUGCGGCCGAGUCUCACGCCACGGUGGGGCAACCGAGUACGGCAUCGGGCCGCAGUGCAUCCUCGGAGCGUACCCAGCGGGCCUUGCAUGGGGCACACUACACAAUGUCGGUAUUUCACCGUGUACUCGUACCUUAUAUGGAUGAACGGGCACGCUGCAACCGUGGCGGACCCGUCACUGUGGAGCUCUCGGAAGCGGCAGCGCUAGCGUGGAACACGCUGAAUCACGCCCAGCUAACCACCCUGCCCCCAUCGGCGACGCCGGCAAAGAAAAAAGCCCCUGGCAUUAUCCUCACAGAAGUAACCUUUCAGGAGCAGGAACUGGCACUGCGGCUGCUGCAGGGCCUAAGUUUGGUGGUCUACGAUCAACGUCGGGUGAUGGCGGAGGGGCCCCUUAUAACCUUUCUCGUUGAGAUUUGGCAGUGUUGUCUGCAGCACAUACAGGCUCUCUUUAGCCGUUGGCGCCGUCUUGCGGCGCUGGAAAAAACGGGAGACACGCCGUCCUCUACCGCCCCCUUGCUGGAAGAAGAGCCUGUUCGGCUUGUCGCGGGUUUAGAGACUGUCAUAGUUGCCAGCAUUGAUGCGGCGGAGGCGGCGUGUCACUACAAUCCACUCGCAUUGACGCGUAUCGUGCAGCAGGGCGGAGUGCGGGCUCUUCUUGAUCUGGGGCUUUGUCCGUACGCCCCCUACGACAUCCGUUGUGCCGUGUUUGACACUGUCAGUGUGCUGAUGCAAGAAGUGGCCCCAUUUAGAGGCGCAGUGACGGCGGGGGGGCCAAGCGCCGCCGCUGCUGCUGGUGGUGGAACAAAGGGGGAGGAGGACGAGUUGAUUCAAACAAUGAUACAGCAGGCCAUGGCGGGUUCGUUGGGCCGGAAGGCGGCCCCGCCACCAUUUCUGAUGGACCGUGCGAGUGCGUCAAAGUUUGACUCCGCCGUGCGUGACUGGUUUAGUCAGCAAGGGCUGAGUCAUGUGGUGUCGGCGGUGCUGGAGCUGCGCGAUGUGCGUGGGACCCCGAUUGCUGCGGGAACGAUGCCAAAGGCAGAGGUGGCGCGUCACGUGCAGCGUGUGAACCAACUGCGCGAGAAGCAGCUUCAGGCGUUGCUGCAGGCAGUGGACGGCAAGCGGGCAGCGCUGUGA